AUGACCAGCAGCAUCGACGAUGCCAUCCGCGAGCUGCACUGCGAACUGAAGCGAAGCGACAGCAGACGAUCCUCCAUCCUCGCCGCCAGGGCUGCUUCCGCCUCCGCCGCCGCCGACUCCGACUCCAACCCCAACCACAACUCGACGACGCGCCUGCGCCGCCAUCCCUCCAACUCCAACUCGACCUCGUCCGCCGCCGCCGCUGCCAGGCAAAGGGGCUACUCGCCCGCCUACGUCAUGUCGCCCACCUCCUCCCUCAGCGGCCGCAUGCGCUCCGGCUCCAACGCCUCCGCCGGCCGCCCGGAGCACGACGCCAUCAACUCCAUCCUGUCCCGUCACGGCCCCGGCAAGAGCUCCGUCAGGAGUGUGCGUUCCGCCAAGCCAUCCCUGGCCGAGAUCUCCGAGUCCGAACCAAUCUCCCUGACCCAGCACGUCCUCGACCAGGUCGACGCAGUGUCCCCGGCCGAGCAGCACGCCGCCGCCAGCUCCCGCAGCAUCAUCGAGCAGGACGCCGUCGGCCUGCCGCACACGGACGAGUUCCACGACAUGCUCGAGGGUGGCUUCCGGAGCCACCGGGCCUCGAACCUGGUCCUCGUCAACCCGGACCUGCCCUCGAGCUCCGACUACGACGAGAGCGAGCACGAGCGCGAUGCCUACGACCAUGACGACCGGCCCAUGACGGCCAAUUCUACAAAUACCUUCCAAGUGGCCCAGGAUGCAUUUGUCGACUUUGACGGCGCCCACUGCGAGACGGAUACGGAAGAUGAUCGUUUCGCUUCUACCAUCGACAUGGGGGCGCCCUCGCACAAGCGAGAGAGCCUUCCCGACAUGCACCAGCAUCAGCACCAGCAGCCUCAUCUUCUUCCCCAGCUGCCCCAAUCUUAUUCCCAAGACCAGGCCUACGCCCAUACCUCAACCCUACCUCCUAUCCUUGAUGACGAUCACCUACCUACUCCCCAGCCCCCCGCGACUGAAUUUGUGAGGCCGCAGUCUUAUUUCGAUGAGCAAAGCGGCCAGCACAUGCUGUUCUAUCCAGCCCGUGUCCCUGCCAUGCUCAACCUGCCGCCCAAGCUGUCCAACAAGCCCAAGGCCGCCGACCGCAACCAGAGACGCUCCCAGCUCCUGGGCGCCAUGAUGCAGCCCAAGAGAAAGUCCGUCGUCCCCGACCUCGACAAAAUC